CAACGUGCUGCAGAUUUUAUAGUAAAGAAUGAUGACCGAUACAGCUGGUUGCAAGAAGUUCACGAUUUAGAUGAAAAUUCCAAAGAUGCAACAGCCUGUCCAGAAAACCCACAAAUUUCUAAUACUAACAUAUCAACGAUUCAUACGAUACAAAAUACGUUAACUCCUCAAAUUAUAACAACACGCGGUACAAAUUCCACAAGCCAUGUGCAGCCAGCCAGAAUCGGAAUUGGAGCUGUAACAUCAGAAAUAAUUGUGACGCCAGUGACAAGAAUGAAAGUUUCAACGACAAAUCCUCAAAUUUCAGGAAUUGUAGAUACCUUUGCACACUCUUCUGCAGCUAUUCUACCUGCUUCGCAGUCUUACAACAACUCCUCUAACACAUCCAUCGUAUCUAUUCAAUUCGAAACUUUAAUCAUGCAAGUGAAACCAAAAGAAAUUGUAUAUGAAAAAGUUAGAAUGCUUAAUAAACGUUCACAACGUAUUUUAAAAACCUGUAUUAAUUAUUCCAUAUGGACUGGACUCAUACCCGAAAGAGAAUUUUGA